UUUCAGAGUUUCCAGUACUCUAAUUUUCACAAUGAAUUUGUUUCGUGAGUUUUUGAUUGUUCUCCUCUUCAAUAUGGCAACACCUUAUUCCUGGCAUAACCAAGACUCGUAUUACUGUAUCCGAUCAUUUUGCACUGUUGCACUGGGAGAUACACGUGACUGUCAGAAGAACAUUUCAUUUCUUUCGAGCGAUCCGAAAACCCAACAAAAAGCAUUUACAACCGGGAAGACAUGUUUUUUCGACACAAUAAAGUCGAUUUGUGACAAACCGAUUAUUGAAAACAUUUCGAAAAAUUAUGACAAGUAUCUUGAAACUAUCACUAAAAAACCAGAAAAUGUCUCCGAUUGUUUUGAUCCUCAUUAUCUUUUCGCACAGUGUAGAUGGAGACAAUCUGGAAGAGAUGCUUAUCUUCUGCUUAAGAAUUAUAAAAACUCUACCAAGAAGUUCGAAGCAAAAGAUGUGGCAAACAUAAGCAAAGUGUGCCAAGGUUUUAAGAAUUCUACUUACAGUUGUUCACCUCACGAUUCGAGCACGCGGAUGGUAGAAGAUGAGUGUGAUGUCAUCGACUUAAAACAGACACCGUUUAUUGCUUGCUUGUCAAAGAUACGUGCAAACAAAGAAGCUCUGCCAAAAUACAAAUGUGUGAAUUUUGAUUUUCAAACCAAAAAAGUGUCUACAUUAAUGCAAAUGUUUACAACCAAAAAAUGGUGUAACAAAUGGAUUAUGAAGAAGCAUUGUGGUAAAUCUUCUGUAGCCGAUUUUAAGAAGCAUGCAGCAUUGUUUGUGAAAACUCUUAAUAGCACAUUGAGUUAUUUUACUGGUUAUAACCCUAUUUAAUCAUAAAAUAAAGUUGUGCAUUGUUU